AUGAGAUCGCGGCGCACCAUCUCGCUCGUGUGCUGCCACGCAGAGGGCGAGGCCGGCGACGUCGUCAUCGGCGGCGUCCUCGACGUGCCCGCGGCGACGAUGCACGAGAAGCUCGUCAAGUUCAUGGCCCGGCACGACGGGCUGCGCCGGCUGCUGCUCCACGAGCCGCGGGGCCGGCUGGAGUCGAGCGCCAUGAUCGUGCUGCCGCCGUGCGACCCGCGCGCCGACGCGGGCUUCCUCAUCAUGGCCCCCGGCGACUGGGUGCCCAUGUCCGGGUCCAACGCCAUCUGCACGACGACGGUGCUGCUCGAGACGGGCAUGGUGCCCAUGACGGAGCCCUCGACGACCGUCAGGCUGGACACGGCGGCGGGCCUCGUCACCGCCACGGCCGAGUGCGCCGACGGGGCGUGCCGGUCCGUCUCGCUCGACAACGUGCCCGCGUUCGUGCACGCGCUGGACUUGGAGGUGGCCGUGCCGGGCGUCGGGCGCGUCCUCGUCGACGUGGCCUACGGCGGGCAGUGGUACGCCGUGGCCGAGGCCGAGGCGCUGGGCGUCGACGUCGCGCCGGCCUGCGGGAACCGCCUCGUCGAGCUCGGCGCGCUGGUCAGGGCGGCGGUGCUCGACCUCUGCACGCCCACGCACCCCGAGAACCCGGCCAUCCGAGGCAUCCACAACGUCAUCAUCACCGCGCCCCUCGAGGCGGGCCCCGACGGGCGGCUGUCCGUCAAGCACGCCGUCGUCGUCACCCCCGGCAGGCUGGAUCGGAGCCCGUGCGGGACCGGGAGCUCGGCGCGGCUGGCGAUUCUGCAUGCGAGGAAGCGGAUUGGGGUGGAUCAGCCGGUCGAGUUUCGGAGCGUCAUUGAGACGCGGUUCCUGGGACGGGUCAGGGCGACGCUCACGGUGGGGGGGCUUGCGGCCGUCGUUCCCAGCAUCAAAGGCAGGGCGUGGAUCACGGGCGAGAAGCAGAUAUACGUCGACCCUGACGAUCCAUUCCAGGAAGGCUUUCAGCUGUAG